AAGAAUCCGUUUAUGAAAUGCUCCCCAUGAUCAACUGAAGCUCUUAAAGUCUUUUUCGCUGCUUUGAUGUGUUCUUAGAGUUCCCAGCCAGUGAAAACUCGACACUAUGGCUUGUAGCUCAACGAAAACUAUCGAUGAAAUCGAUGAUCUGUAUGAAAUGGUUAAAAUCAUGGAGGCCCUCGAUAUUUCGUCGAGAGGGUGUAAAACGUUAGACGAGUUGAAAACUCAGGUUAUCACUACAUUAAACCAGUCUCAAACUAAGCCGAACUGGGCUGCAGGUCAGGUAAGAAUUCGUUUGAACUUCUAUGGUUGAAAAGGAAAUUUUGCUUUCGGGGAGUGAUUUGAAAUGGCUUUUCAUCAAAAUAUGCUUUACCCAGAACGAAUGUAUACGCAGUGACUCGUGAUACUUGCAUAUUUUGACAGUAAUGGUUCGUACUCGUCAGACAAAUUUGCACCCAUUUUUGGUGCCAGUCCCUGCGUUUAAGAUGGUCUUCUCUGAAUAUAGAAACCUUUUCUUCUCAUACAGAUGGGGAGGGAAUUGUCCUUACCGCCCAGCCGACAACAACUGAGACUUUUAUUGAGGAAACUGUCUGCCGGUAUUAGACAAUAGUGGUAACGCGGAAUUCAAUUAUGAUGAGAUCCCUGCCUUUGUUUUAUGCCAAAUGUGUAGCGUUUUAAUGCAAUGAUAAGUGGCAGAAAAUGCAUGUGUGACACCUCUAACCUGGUUAAUGAUCAGAUGUAAAGAGUAAAGCGCUCUAUUGGAAGGGCAAGCAAGAGGUUCUCUCCUGUAAAAACUACGAAGUUAGUGUCGGUCAGAAUUCGUAUAUCCGUAUCGAUCGAUUGACUGCUCAAAUACAAUACCUAUAGCCUUUAAAGGAAUUUUCGAUCAUACAACUCUAGCUUUCCACUCCGAUAUUGCAUGGAUUUCUUCUUGAAGAAUGGAACCUUUUUCAACCCUCCUGUUUACUACAGAUUUGCUGUCUUGCUCUCAUCGAUCUUCCUGCAGUAUAUUAUUACUAAUUAAACUCCUUAAUCAUGCAACAAAGCGACUUUCAGCCUACUGAUUUAAGAGAGAGGAGAAAACAUAUGUGUAUAAGUGUUCAAAAUUCUGUAUAUAUGAUCUACAGAUUUCGGUAUGGAUUGAUUUUUGACAUUUUCUGAAAACUUAAUUUAUCAUCUUUAAAAUAAUCAUCCACUUUCACCUUAAUCAAGUGCUAUUUUUUAAAUCUAAUUUUUUCCUCUCCAGGCAUUCUCUAUUCUGUCAGAAGCAAGAGAUCACGACAUAAGAAAGAAGAAAAUCUUAUCUGGUCUUUAUGCUGAAUGCGAGGAAUGUUUGACUGAAAUGGACGCCAAAAUUCGCUCGCUGCUUAAGCGCCAAAUAGGUAACCUUGACGAGCUGAUACGAAAACACCAAAUAGAUAUGAAGAGAAAAGAAUACGUCCUUCUAGUAGCAGGUAAAUGACCGGCAUAUGGUGGUACUACUAUAUAUUGACCUAUUUUCCUUCUUUAUCAUUUUGGAUCGGCUGGUGAACACUUGGGGGUUCGGAAUGGUUCUUACUUGGUUGGAUUAAACUUUACGACUGAAACUGCAAAAAAAAAAAAGAAAAAAAGAAAGAAAGAAAGAAAGAAAGAAAGAAAAAAAAAACAAAAAUAACAUCAAUAACAUUUAUAUACCCGCAUUCUUUGCAAAGAAACCACAAACACACGUUACGACAGAAUCUCUUUGGAUUCAAUUUAUCCGAAGUGGUCCAAAAAAGAAAAAUAAACAAACAUGGCUCGAGUGCCAUAAUUUAUACUAUUUACCAUUUACUGUUUGAGACUUGCUGAGGAAUGUUGGCUUUUCGUUGUUUUUACACAACUCAGCAGCGCUCGGUUCGUUUGCAAAAAUCGAGGGCCAAUGUUUUUCAGUAUGGUACCUGCGCUUGGUUAGUUGGAAGAUAGUACAACGUAAUAUUUAUUUUUUAUAUCACUGCAUUCCAGGCGAGACUGGCUCUGGGAAGAGCAGCUUAAUAAAUCUAAUUCUGGGAGAAGAACUUCUUCCAUACUCAGUACUCAGUACAACUUCCCCAAUUUGUGAAUUGCGAUAUGGGGAGAAACGUAAAAUAGUGGCCCAUUUCAAAGACACGGAUCCUAAAACAGGGCAUGAAACUUGGGAAUAUUUCCUAGAGCAACCAGCAGAAGCCUCUGAUGAAAGUUAUCUCCAGCAGCUCUCUCCAUUUGUCCACGUGAAGGAUACAGAUCGAGAAAAAGGUUCCGUUUAUAAAAAGAUCGAACUCUUCUGGCCUCAUCAACUCCUGCAGGUAGCUACACAGUGUUCCUUCCUAAGAGGUGGAAUAAAUAUUUUCGAUUCCUAUUUUUAGCUUAGAUGGACAAGAUUAGGAUCAGAAGGUCAUUGAAAAGGGCAAACAGAAUUUUAGACUAAAACAAUUUGUUAUACUUGAUGGACAAAUAGUAUCACAUCAAAUGCCUGGCUCAUGCCUCAUAAUAGAUAAAUACAGUGCUAAGUUUUGAAAAACAUGCGUCCUUACCCAUCGACUGAUUUAAACAAAACCCGAAAAACUCAUCAACUCUUGCAGGUAGCUACACAGUGUUCAUUCAAACUUUGCCAAUUAACUAAGAAAUGGAAUGAUUUUUUUCAAUCUAUACUUUUAUUUAGUUUAGAUGGAUAAAAUUAGGAUCAUAAGGUCAGUCAAAACGGCAAACACAAUUAUAGUAUCUAAAAUGGUGUGGGACUAAAAUCAUUUGUUAUGCAUAAUGGACAAAUAAUGUCACAACAAAUGCUUAGAACAUGGCUCAUAGCUCACAAUAGAUAAAUUCAGUGCUAAAUUUUGAAAAGCAUGUGUCCUUGCCCAUCGACUGUUUUAACCCAAGGGAAAAAAUCAUUUUCCUGAGGAUUGAAUUAUAGAAUUUUCCAUCAAUCAAAACUAAGAAAUUAUAUACCUCGAGUAAGGUUAGUUGAUGGUCAAACUGAGGAUACUCCAGUUAAUAUGAAAAGAGUAUUAACUUUCUCGGAAAUUAUACAUUAUGAGGGCAUCCCUUUUUAAAGACGGGGUUGUAUUUUUCAUAACCAGAUUGGAUGACACGCUAUAUUGGUCAAAGAGUUUAAAAAUAAUAAUGAUAAUAAUAACAAUAAAACCUCCAUUUGAUUUUUUCGUUUCAGAAAGGCGUUGUUAUUGUUGACAGUCCUGGAAUUGGAGAAUCCGAACUCAUGGAUGAAGAGGUCGUGAAGUAUCUACCUGAAGCUUUCGCAUUUAUUUAUGUCAUCAAAACUGACAACGCCGGAGGAGUCCAGAAAGACAGGGUCAGUGUUAGGAAUAACCACCAUUUCCAAAUGACAACAAUUUAAUAAGCCGUGAGGAGCCCCGUUAAAGGGGCUUUGAUACGUCAGCGUUUGACCUAUUGUCCUUUAGAAGAUUUCAAACCAUUACAAUGAUACUGAAUAAGAUUAAACUUUUAUUUAUUUUACAGCUCGAAAAGUUGCUGGAAGAAGUGAGAAAAGUGACUCUUAAUGAAAAGGGAGAAUUUUCAUCGAAGAGCGCCCUGUUCGUGUGUAACAAGUGGGACCAAAUACCACAGAAAGAAAUCGAAGAGGUAAAGAAAUACGUGAUCAGAAAAUUGGAAAAGCGUUGGCCCGGUCUUGUUCCAGAGUCACAGAUCAUCUAUAUGUCAGCAAAAAAGGCGAUUGACGCCCAGAAAUUGGGAAUCAUCACAAAUGACUUCCUCUCCUUGAUGAAUGGUAUAAGAUCCACGGUCAUGAAGAGCAUAGAGGCCAGACUGGAAAGUUAUUGGAGGUAAGAAUUGACUGAAAACGUUAUCGUCGGGUGAAAUGAUUGUGAUAAAUGCCCUAACUCAUUCCCUAAGACACUUCAGAACUCAUCAUCACCAUAAAUUUACCCAUCGACUAAACCUUUCCCAAUUUUCGAUAAGCCUGUAUCCUUCAUACUGGGGUUUUGUACCGCGUUGAAGGAGAGGCGUUUUAAAAUCUGGUCUUGGUAUGGGAUACACGGGUCAUUAGAUAUGAACGAUUUUUUACCUCGAUUUUCCCGCUGAACUUUUCUCUUGGCGUGCUUGUGAAUAAAGUGAGGUUGGAGCAAUUAAACAUCUGCAAUGGUUGCUCAUUGGAUGUUAAGUAAAAAUGAAGACAAAAAAGCCUAUCUAAAUUUGGAGCGAGAAUUGCCUAAUAGGUAAUUCAUGGAGUGCCGUUAUGGCUUUUACAGUUAAGUGAUUAAAAGUAGUUUAAAUUCUACACCAGCUACCGGGUUGAACAAUUUGUAUAUGGGACUUAUUUUUUACUUUGAUUUAAAACACUAGACACUUUCAUAAAUGCUGCAGAAUAGUCAUGACCGAAAAAUUCAAGAAACUGAGUGCUAAAUUAUUUGAGCAAGAAAUCAUAAGCUAUGCCCACAUCUAUUUCAGGAGCUUCCAUCAAAUUCUACAGCGUAAAUUAAUCACUUUAUUGUCAUUUGAAUCUGAGAGGGCUCUGUUGUUUUGGUUUAUUUGUUUGCUAGAUCUUUCCUUCCUCUCUCUUUCUUUCUCUCCCUUUAUUGUUAUCUUUUUAGAAACGAUUUUCGGGGAUAAUAAUAGAGACUCAAUAGGGCAUGCAUUUAGCAUACUUUAAAACUUGGAUGCUUUGAUACUUCAUUCUUCGGGAGGAGGAUCCCUUUUGUCCUUGUCCGUUCUGAAGAAAGGAAUCAAACAUCCAGUCUUUAUCCCUGGUUCCAUACCACUGGUGAGAACGAGCCAAGAAUCGUGAAAAGGUAAUGAUUUUUGAGGUAAAAACCAUAUCAGUUAUUGAAUAUAUCUGUUUAUAUUUUAGAUGGCUUGAUUACCUCCUUUCACGAAUAGUUUAUCAAGCAAAGGCCUUUGUUAUGAAUGCCAAAAGAGAUCGUGACAAGGUCGCCAAGAAAAUGGAAAGAAUCAAUAACCGUCUGUCAGCUAUUGAAAGCGAACAAGGGAAAGUGGUGGAAGACCUUCGAAAACACCUGAAAGCUAAAAUCGACGAGGCAGUUCAAAAGCUUUCCAUAUUUCUCAAGUCAGAUGAGGUCAAAACACGUUUCAUCUCAUGGAACUUGGACGAGGUUCCUGAAAUAGAGGUCUCGUGGCAGGUCACAGAAAACAAUAUCAAUAAAGCAUUGCAAACAAGGUUGAAGGAAAUCAUAGAACAUUGGGAGGAAGAUGAACGACUAUUUGCCGAUGCUCGAGAUUCCCUCCUGCAUAAUUUUCAGGAGCAGUACGAUUUUGUCGAGGGGCAAAUCCGGAAUCUGCAAGACAGUGUCACGACUGAUGACCCAAUUAGUGUUUCAGAAGCUGAUCCCUCUGAAAACUUUUCUAUGGCAGUAAAGUUUGCUAUCGGUUUUACCAGCCCAGUCUGGGUUCCACUCACUCUAAUUGCUUUGGUAAUUGGCAGCCCAAUAGUCGGCAUAAUCUCGAUCAAAAACAAAAUUGAAGAUUCAAGGAGACUUAGGAGGUACGAAAAAGACAGAUGCUCUCUCAUGGCUGAGAGGUCAGUAGACUACCUCAACAAUGCCACAAAUGAGUCCAUUCUCAAGGUGUUCGUAAAGAGCCAACUACGCGAGGCAAAAUUGUGUCUGAAGCAUAUUGAGGCCCGUAUUCCAGAGCUAAUACAAGAUGUUGUAUAAUCAACUCAGGCAUGAAACGCGGUCACACAAAGAGAUACAGGAGUCAUACCAGCCUGUCCUGAAUCGAGCAUUGGAAAUCAGAGGACAGCUGGCGUUAUUUGGCCUGAGAGAAAUCCGUACCGCUGACAUCAGCAGCCUGGAGCUUGAGUGGAAAGCAGACAGGUCUCUUCUUCUUGGUCAAGGAGAGUUCGCAACGGUGAUGGAAGGGAAAAUGAAGAGGCAUGGUGAGGAGCAAAGCGUUGCAUUAAAAAUUUGGAACGAAUCCCUUGACAUCAACAACGCAAGUCAUGUUUUGGCAGAAGCGAGUCUUCUAAGGUACGAAUUUUUCUUACUUUCAAUUUUAUUGCGGAAUUGCAUUUUAUUUUAAGUCUCCUUGGAACUGCUAAAAACCUGCGCAAAACGAGUUUCAAAACUAUAUGUAAAUCUAACAGUGAAUUAAUUUUGCGUGGCCAGGAAUACACCCAAUUCACAAGGUCAGCGGUGGGCUAUCAGAAAAAGGAAGAUUGUGUUUUGUUACAAAAGAAAACAUUAACAUUUAAAAGGAUUUGGUAGGUUUUUUUUGUGAAAAGAAAUAUAGUUAACUAUAACUUCACUUUUAUUUUUCAUUCAUCUUUUUUUAUUCGAUCAUUCCUGUACUGCGUUUAUACUGAGACAAAAAUUUGACUAAGUAAUGCUUGACUGUGUGUAGUUGAUUUCUUUCUCAGGAGGUUGGACCAUCCUCACAUUGUGAAGUUCUAUGGUACAUCUCUCCUCAAAAGAGAUGGUGAGGAAAGAGCAGUAAUGGUGCUGGAAAAGUGCAAGGAAAACUUGAGGACCCACAUCUUCAAUAAUCGAGCCUUUGUUCCUGCAGAAACAAAAGAUAUUGCAAGUAUUAAAACAGUUAAACGAUGGGCAAGAGAGAUAUCUGAUGCACUCGCGUUCAUACAUAAAGAGGGGGUUGUCCAUCGAGAUCUCACAUUGGAGAAUAUCUUGGUAUGAGAGAAUAGUUAAAAAAGAUUGAUGAUUUUUGCUAAGGCAACCCUGAGACUUAACAAUCAACUGCCGCAAGGAAAAUCUCGAUCUCGUGAAUUAUUUGUUAAAUUUUCCUGACGAAAUAUUACUUUUCCCACAGCAGCACUCAAAAUUCACAGAAAUUUUCGGUAAAAUAAGUUUUUCGCAGAGUGCAAUGAGUUCCCGUGACACUGCCGUAAAUAUGCUUUGCAUUUAACUGCCCACCUCGUAAUGUGUUCUUAAAAGCAUCGCGAUGUUCAUACAAUGUUUUCUUUUCAAUUAAAGCUAUCAGCAGACAACUCAGUAAGGAUUGCCGAUCUUGGGGAGUCCAAAGAGGCAAAGGAUAUCACAGGAUCAUGGGCUGGAACAGUUCUUUAUAUGGCACCUGAGGUGUUUCAAUCAAAGAGAUAUAGCUUCCAAGCAGACAUAUACAAUCUUGGAAUAAUUUUGUGGGAGAUGUGGUAUGGAAGACAGGCCUUCGCCGGACUAAAGGGGCUAGCACUAAAAGACAUCUCAAAGAAGAUAGCUGAUGACGGUUACCGUCCAGAAGUCGAAAGCAGCAAUUAUAGGAAACCUCCGCUUCCCUGGAAAAAUCUAAUGACCCAGUGUUGGAGUCAAGCCCCAAACGAACGCCCUUCAGCUAAGAAAUGUUACAUGGAAAUCAAGAAAAAUUAUGAAGCAGCCAUUAGACUGUGA